AUGGUGUCCCCUCAAGUUACCAACCUCGCCAUCAUCGUGGUGAUGAUGCAGCUGGCCAAGAAGGUUCCCUUCGAGAACCCCGAUGUCCUCCUUCUUGUUCGUUGCAUGUACAUCUUGUCCAACGUGAUCAUCCUGGGUCUCUACUUGUACACUCAGGCCAAGAUCAACAAAAAGAAUGACUUGACUACGCUCAAGUAUGUCGAGCCUGCUCCCAUGGGUAGCAACGAGGAGCCUCGCCCGGUGACUACCACCAACGCUGAGUACGACAAGGGACAGCUGCGCCAGCUGAUCCGUGGACAACUCAUGGGAGUCGGCAUGAUGGGUGUGAUGCACCUCUACUUCAAGUACACCAACCCCCUCUUGAUCCAGUCGAUCAUUCCUCUCAAGAGUGCCUUUGAAUCCAACCUGGUCAAGAUUCACAUCUUCGGCAAGCCUGCUACCGGUGACCUUCAGCGCCCUUUCAAGUCUGGCAACAGCUUCAUGAACCAGGGCCAGGUCAAGACCGACAAGGCUUCAGUCGAGAGCGCCGAGAAGAACUGGCGGGGUGGUGUCAAGGAGGAGUAGAUCGAGAGGCCUUGGGUAACAGACGCGCGAGUAGAUCGCACAUGUUUUGUACCUCUUGUAUUUUAUAGAUGCCUUGCCAUUGGAGCGGAGUCGAGUCGAGCUGCGUUGCUGCUGCUUUGCUUUGAUCUUCACUUUUAAUGUUAGUGCGAUGGGUUUACGAUAUUCUUUUCUUUUUUUCUUGUUUUCGUAGUCAAGUUAUUGGUAACUUCGUUGGUAAGCAUGCUAUCCUCCUGCCUAUUUGUGAACUCAUGUGCAUGUAUCUGCUUCAAAAUACUAAGCAGACGCCUUCAUAAUCGAGGCAUAUGAAUGACGAAGUGGCGAUGGAGUCGAUGAUUACUUCGCCGACUAUGA